AUGCGCCUGCAUCUUUCUGGCUUACUGCUCUACCUGGUGAUCUCAUUGCCUGCAGGUAACUGUACGGUCGGGCAUAGAGGUAUAGAGUUUCGAACAUGUACUUCAGUCCAAGGCCUUUGUUUCUUUGGUUGUAGGCCAGGAUGGACAUGGAUAGCUUUCUGUCACAACAUAAUGUCCUGUUGUAAAGAGGAAAAACUAUUUGCACCUCCUCAAAGCAAAGUUAGAUGA